UUCUCUCUCUCUCGUUUUUUCACUUGUAUUUGUUGGCACAGAGUACAACGCUCAGUUGAAGCCUUAAGCUGGCGCUCAAGGUCAGAAAGCAUCUCACCAGCUACUCGCCCACACUGCUGAGCGCCGCGUUCAGCAGCCUGAACAGCGCCUAUCACAGCAGCAGCGAUAACACCGCCGACGAGGAGCCCGAACCGCACGCCCAUCCUCAAUUUCAUCAUACAGGGCACACCCAUUCCCAUUCACAUUCGCGCCAGCGUCAGCACAGAGAGCGUGACGAGAUGGCGGGCGGCGCGCCCACAGCUGCAGCCGGCGGCGGUGGCGGCGGCGCCAAUGAGGGUCAAACAUAUUGUCUGCGCUGGAACAAUCAUCAGACGAAUCUAGUGCAGAUCCUGCACGCACUGCACGAGGUGGGCAGCUAUGUGGACUGCACACUCGUGGUGGACGACGAGCAGUUCAAGGCGCAUCGCGUGGUGCUGGCAGCCAACUCGCCUUACUUUCAGGCCAUACUGCAGGAUGUGCCGCAGGAUCAGUGCAGCAUUAUACUGCCGGGUGUGAAGGGCUUUGAGAUUGCCGCAUUGCUGCAAUACAUGUACACGGGUGAGACGACGGUGACCAAGAGCCAGGAGCCGGAGAUACUGCGCACCGCCAAGGAGCUGCAGGUCAAGGGACUCUAUGACAAUCUGAUGAAAUUCAAUCACAAGUCCAAUGCGGAGCCCAGCCAGCCGUAUCAGUGCAGCAUUGGCGUUGCACCACAGCCCAGCUCCAGCUCCAGCUCCGGCUGCAAGCCGCUGAAUGGGCAGCACAAUUCCUCCAAUGUGAUCUCAACAUCUACGCACAUCUCGCCCAGCGCUGCCAUCAGCAGCAGCUGCUCGCCGCCACCGCCGCCGCCGCCACACUACGGCGGCUAUCAGACGCCCUAUGCCAACUACAUGCCCAGCUCAGCGCAUCACAGCGCAGCGGAGGCGCCGCUAACCCCCACACACAGCACGCCGCAUGCAGCCGCUGGUGAAGCGGGCGCCUGGCCACUGACGCCCUCUGCUGCCGCCGCCGCUGCCAUGUUGAACUCUGUUUACGAAUCCGCCGCCGACAUGAAUCCGCUCAAGCGCAAGAAGCUCUCAGCCAUCUCCAGCAUGUUGCUCAACAGCACCAGCAGCAGCAGCAGUCGCGACACGCCCAUACUACGCAAUGUGCUGGCCCAAGCUAAUCCCGCUGACAGCUCCCAAAUGCUGCUCAAGUCCGAGAAGACGCCGCAGCAGCAGCAACAGCAGCAGCAGCAACAACAGCAACAGCAGCAGCAGCAGCAGCUGCUCGCAGCCAGCGGCAAUCACAGCUUCAAUGGCUCCGACUAUGGCGACAACAAGGAGCCCAUGUCGCCGCACACAGAUCUCAGCUUCGACGAGGAGAGCGGCGGCGCCGGCGGCAAGAAACCGGAGUGGAAGCGCUACAAGCAAUACACACGCGCCGACAUGAUGUGCGCCAUCCAGUGCGUACGCGAGGGCAUGAGCGCGCUCCAGGCCAGCCGCAAGUUCGGGCUGCCCAGUCGCACGCUCUACGACAAGGUGCGCAAGCUGAACAUCAACACCGGACGCGGCACACAUCGCACGCCCAAGCGCAGUCCGUCCAGCGUGGGCGUCGAGUCGCCCGCUGCCUUUCCCUAUGCCGCCGCCGCCGCAGCAGCAGCUGCCACCAACUACGAGAAGAAGGAGCACGCUGGCCCGCAUCAUGGCAUGCCGCCCACCAUACCGCACUCGGCAGCAGCGCUGCUGGAUCACGCGUUCCUACAGCAGGCGCUGGAGAAUCGCGGCGGCGACAUGGCGGGCCGUGAAGCGCUGCACGCCAUGGCGCUGGCAGCGGCGGCGCAUGCUGCAGCCAAUCGCAUGUCCAGCAGUCCGCCGGACGCCAAUGGACAUGGCGCCGGCGAGUCGUCCUCCCACUACGAUGACGAGCAGCAGCAGCAGCAGCAGCAGCAUGAGCGUCUGUUCAAGCGCGAGGCCAUGGACGAGGAGCGCUGCGAUGCCGACGACGAAGAUGAGCAUGAUCAAGUCGAAGAUUUGUCGCUGGCGCGCAAGGAGCGACCCGAGUCGCCUUACUCGCCGCCGCCGCCACGCGCUGCUUCGCCCAUGGAAAGCGCCAGCGUCAUUAUGCACGCCAAUGGCGGCAAAGAGCAGCAGCAGCAGCAGACCGACUAUGAAGCGGAGCUGGCCAACGCCAGUUCGCCCACGCCGCCUGCACUGGGCUUGAGCCUCAAGCACGAGCGCGAGCUGCUGGCCAGCGAGGAGUCGCCGGCGCAAACGCACUCCGACUGAUUGAUGCUCACCAUGGCCUGGCAGUAUGCGGCCGAUAGCCGCGAUUCCAUCUGCUAGGCCUAACUUAAUUAUUUAUGCAAUCACCACAAAAUAUCACUAGUAAUAUUUUGUUGUUGGUUCCGGCGUACAACGUGCAAAACUAAAAAAAAAAACUUAAACAAUUCUUGUUGUUCUUGUUGUUGUUGUUGUGUUUAAACUUAGCGAGCCCCAAACCGAGCUCAGCAAACAG